GUAUCAGUAGUGAAAUUACACAAUAAUGAAUAUUGCUUUUGUUCUUUCAUUCUUGAUAAUUUCAUCAUUUUUGGUACAAAAUAUAUGUUCAGAACAAGCAUAUAGGCUUAUGCAUGAAAAAGCUGAGCUUGUGUUUUAUCAGAAAGAUGCAGUGGAAGAAGACAUUAAGUUAAUUGUGAAAAAAAUCAACACUACACAAAUAUCUGUUACUUUCAGUAUUAAAAUGGCAAUUGAUAUUGUAGAUAGGAAAAUUAUGUCCAAAGUGAGCGUUGAUAGGUUGCAUGGAAUGGAAUACAAACACAGUGGCACAUCUCUAACUAGUAACUUAUGUGAGAACUGGCAGAAAAAUGCAUUUGGAAUGAAAGAUAUGAUUUCGAAAUAUGGAAAUCUUGAUGUAUGCACAUUGAAAAAGGGGGUCACUUAUUAUGUCAAUGAUUUCAUUGCUGAUUCUUCGAAUUUUCCGACAUUUCUCCCUUAUGGAAGCUACAAGAUUGUAAUAGAUAUUUAUUACCAAAAUACAACAAUCACAUAUCCUUUAUUUCUUAUACACUGGUAUGCUAAGGUUGAAAAACUUAUGAAAUUUUGAAUUCAAUAAAUUUUAAAGGAAAUUAUAAUUAAACCAAUGAAGUUAUAAAUAACUGUAUCUUAAUCUUGAAAUAAACGAUUCAUC